AUGAAACCUGCAUGGGGAAAUCCGGUUGGCCUGAAGAUAAGGGCGAUCGGGGAGAAAGGUAAUAACUUGUUUAUUGCUUCACUGGGUUGUGAGAAUGAUUUGAAGCGGGUUUUGGGGGGCUCACCUUGGAUGGUGGGUAGGCAUGCGGUCAUACUGCAAGAGUAUGAUGAAAGCCUCAAGCCGUCUAAAAUUGCUUUUGAUAAAAUGGAGAUUUGGGUGAGGAUUCUGAACCUUCUAGUUGGAUGGAUGAACAGACAACGGGGAGUUCGUGCUCUAGACCUUAUUGGGUCAGUGAUUGGCAUUGACGUACAUAAGGAUGGUGAAGCUAGUGGCCCUUUUCUACGUGGUCGAGUAGCUAUUGAAGUGGCAAAACCUAUUAGGAGGGGAGUGCUAUUAAAAACAAAGAAAGAUGGAGUGCCUGAGUGGUUUGAAAUUCAGUUUGAGAAGCUUCCUUUCUUUUGUAAAUCGUGUGGGGUUAUGGGUCAUUCAGAGUUGGAGUGUGCCAACCCUGCUGCUCGAAAUGCCCAGGGUAAGUUACCAUGGGACUUACAUCUUAGGAUAACGGAGGAAAGACGCAAAAAGGUACAAAGCUUUCCGGCCGCUGUAGCAGUUUCAUUUGGAAGUGGCUCUUCGUCGAGCUCCCACCAGGGCCGAAGUUCAGCUGCGCGGAAGGAUGAUAAAAAGUCGAUGGAUAGUGGUAAAAGGAGCGGGGAAGGUGAGGAGGAUGAGAUCACCUCGACUCUAAAACCUGUUGCUCAUGAAACUGAACGGGCUGAGAAGGUACUGGUAUCAACUGCAAACUGCCAACUGUUCCAGUCCAAAAAACUUGAGGGAGAGCCCCAAGUCCGCAAGAGGAAAUUGAAGGGUUUGGACCAAAGAGUACUAACAAAUAGCCGACCAAAAGUGCCAGUAGUUUCUUCAGCAUUGGUUCCAAUCGGGAUAGUGAAUGCUCAGAUGAACCAACUGGUUGAUAUUUUGAGGAAGGCUUUGAACUUCCCGAAUGGUGUUGGGGUUGGAAGUUUUGGCCGAGGCGGCGGAUUAGCCUUGUUGUGGACUAAGGAGCUUUGUGUGCAGCUGCAAACGUAUGAUAAGCUGCAUAUUGAUGUCAUGAUCAUGGAUCCUGUAACGGAUUCAGAGUUGUGGCGUUUUACUGGCUUCUAUGGGGAUUUCAAUGAGAUUCUUGAUGCAAGUGAACAAUUUGGUGGAGUGGGGAGAUUGGAACGCCAGAUGGAUGGAUUCCGGGAUGCAGUGGCUGUGUGUGGCUUCCAUAAUCUGGGGUUUGUUGGCUUGCCCUACACUUGGGAUAAUAGACAGAAGUGUGAUAAGAAUAUAAAAGUGAGACUUGAUCGUGCUCUAGUGACAUCAUCCUUCUUGGACAUGUUCUCUGAUGUUUCUCCUUCUCGAGAAAGAUCUGUUUUCGGUCAAGUAAAAAAGGAGCUGGAGCGUCUUCGCUUUCAGCUAGAGGAAAUUCAACGAAAAUCAAUUGGAUCUGGGCCUUCUCGAGAAGAAAGGAAGUUGAUGGUGAGACUGGCAGAACUGCUGAGCCGUGAAGAAACAAUGGAAAGGCAGAGAUCUCGUAUCAAUUGGCUCAAAGAGGGAGACCGGAACACCAGAUUUUUCCAAGCUUCUGCAAGGGAAAGAUCGAGAGUGAAUAAAAUUACUGGGCUCCGGACGUCUGAUGGCCUUUCGGCCAUGGCCCAGUCGGAAAUGGAAUGUUUGGUGCUCUCCUUCUAUAAGGAUCUUUUUUCGGCCCAAUGCAACUCUGAACCUGAUGAAGUCCUGCAGCAUGUCACAGCUCGAGUAACUGAUGUGAUGAAUGAACAGCUGCUAAAGCCGUUUUCUAGUGAGGAAGUCAAGAAAUCCCUUUUUAUGAUGGGUCCAAAUAAAUCACCAGAGCCAGAUGGUUUUACUACGGGCUUCUAUCAGCACCACUGGGAGGAUAUUGGGCCAAGUCUAACGAGUUCUGUGCUCGAUUUCCUGAACGGGGCUACAGUGUCCGAUGGCUUGAAUCAGACAACAGUGGUUCUGAUUCCCAAGGUGAUUGCCAAUAGAUUGAAGCUUCUGUUGGAGGAAGUGAUAUCAGAAGAGCAAAGUGCUUUUGUGCCGGAAAGAUUAAUAACUGCCAAUGUGCUGGUUGCUUAUGAGUGCACACAUUAUUUGAAAAGGAAGAAAGGAAAAAGUGGUGCAUGUGCUAUCAAGUUAGAUUUGGCGAAGGCUUAUGACAGGGUAGAGUGGGAUUAUCUCCAUGGGAUGCUACUCAAGUUGGGUUUUGCGGAGUCCUUUGUGAAUUUGGUCCAGUGA